AGCGAAGGAACGAAAUUUGGAUGCGGGCAUUACAAGGUGACGCGCAAACUGAAGAAGAUUGAUUGCCACAACCAGUAUUGCACCCACUCCGUAUGUCAUCCAAGGAAUUGUCCCGAUUGCCAUUGCGAACGGUACUUCGGUCCCGAUGCAAGAGAAACUAUCACCCACCGAACAGCCGAAUACUGUGUUUCAUGUCAGUACUGGUUCAAGGAUGGAGCUUCCCAGCGUCGUUAA